AUGGACUCCAACAGCACCCGGCCUAUCGUUGAGCACCUGGUCUUGAAAUGCUUCACCAACUCCUCUUCCUACUGGGCAGACGAGGUCAUCGUCUCCAGCAAGAACUCCACCUCGCCCAAGUACCUGUACGCCGCCACCCGGUCGCGCACGACAGACAUCCCCGGCUACGUCUCCGCCUUCUCGCUGGACGCCGACACGGGCGCCAUCACCGAGCAGCCGUUCCUUCUGCCCACCACCAACAGCGGUGGCUCCUCCAACUCGGUCGGCCCCUCUGGCUUCAGCGAGGAGUACUUCACCAUCCCCGACAGUGGGUCCAACUUCCUCGAGGUCUGGAAGAUGGCGGACGACGCGACGAGCGCAGCUGCUGUUGCUCAUAUAGACCUGGAAAAUGGGCCUGCCAACGCUGUUUGGUACAACUAA